AUGCCGGUCGCAAUCGCUGCUGCUAGAUACGCCGCUCUCUCUGCAGGCGCGUCUUCGUCUCGUUCAGCAAUCAUGCUGUCAUCGAGCCACCGCGCCCUGUCCACCUCUUCCAAGGUUGCGAGCAGCAGCAGCAGCAGCAACAGAGGCACUUUCAGUCCUACAUCUCCAAUCCUGUUCUCGGCCAGCUCGUCAUCAUCUUCAUCAUCUUCGCCUUCAUCCAGCCGAGAGUUGUCCCACCUCAGCUGGGACAAGUAUCUGCAACUGCGCAGAUCUCGUCGCCUUGCCGGCAUGGUCACCACCAUACCCACCACCCUUUUAGCAGGCGCUGCUGCCGGCUCGUACUUCCUCACGCUUGAACUCGACCCCACAAAUGCCAUUGCUGGACUCGAUCCGGUCUACAUCAACGCCGGUCUCACACUCGCCUGUACUGGCUUGGGCUGGCUCAUCGGUCCCACAGUAGGCAAUUCAAUUUGGGGUCUGCUUCAUCGCAGCGACGCCAAGCAGAUCGCACAGAAGGAUCACGACUUCUACGAACAUAUCAAGCGAAACAGGGUGGAUCCUACUCGUCAGUCGGUACAGAACCCAGUGCCAGAUUACUACGGUGAAAAGAUUGGCAGCAUCAAGCAGUACAGACAGUGGUUGCGGGAUCAAGCUGCGUUCCGAAGAAAGGCUGCUCAUGGUCUUGAGCAAGACGCAUGA